AUGAACCAUUUAAACUCGUUACUUUCUUUGCUUCCCAACGAAUUUCGCAACAAACUGAACAACAGCGCGAAAGGCCUGUUCGGAGAGAAUAUAAGCGAGGGGAUUGCGCGACGAAUCGGUGAGGUGCUGUCGCCACCGCGGUCCGGCAUCGAUGCACAGGUGCCGCUCACCAGGAGCAAUCUGGACUUCAUCGUGCACAAUGCAAAUACUGCAGGCGUUAUGCCACCGGCUUCAUCGAUCAGUUAA